AUUUUGUCUCUCGUAUCAGCUAUAACGUUCGAAUGACCAGCCCUUGUUUUUGAAACCCCACCGCUCCGCAUUGCAGACGCUCUCCCACCAUGUCGAUCCCAGCUACCAAGGACGUCGUCUUCGACGUAGUAGGCACCCUGGUCUCCUACGCCCGGCUCUGGGAGGCCAUGGAGGAACGCCUCGGCGACAAGCUCAGGGCCGCGGGGAUCAAGCCGGCGCUGCUGGGGGCGUGCUGGAUCGAGGCCGCGGAGCGCGAGUACACGUACCUCUCCCUGUCGGGCCGGUACAAGCCCUUCUUCGAGGUGUUCGGCCAGCUCUUCUACCGCAUGCUCUUCUUCGCCGGGGUGCAGGAGCCCAGGGCCUUCUGCGGCGAGGACGACGUGCGGUGGCUCGUCGGCGAGUGGCAGAAGCUGUACCUGCGGGAGGGCGCCAAGGAGUGCGUGCAGAGGCUGCGGGAUGCGGGGUUCACGGUGUGGUGCUUCACGGCUGGGGAUAUUGCGCGCGUGGGCGGCUAUUUCAGGGACGCCGGGGUGGAUAUGCCGUCUGAGAACCUGCUCAGUUGUGAUACUGUGGGUGUUGCGAAGCCGGUUCCCGAGGCGUACCGGCCGCUGCUGGAGAGGUUGAGCAGGGACGGGAAGAAGCCUUGGUUUGCGGCUGCGCACAUGUGGGAUGUGAGCACGGCGAGAACGGUCGGGUUUCAUGGUGCGUAUUGCACGGCCUUGGAGAGCGAGCCACUGUACAGUGUUUUUGGUGAGCUGGAUGUUGUUGCACCCACACUGCCGGAGAUGGCGGACAAGAUUAUUGCUGCAACUAAAUGACUGGUUUCUGA